AUGCUGUAUUCCAUCGGGUGUUUUCUCUUGCUAGGCACCAGCGAUGUCCGCAGGAUUGCUGGAGAUGUUGCACACGACUGGCCCGGGGAUGGCACUCGUGAGAAUCCACAGAUCAUAUCGUGGCCCCCGACUGACCGAUUGCAUGCCCGGAACCUCGCCGCCCCCCGCAAGACCAUCAUCAUAGUUCUGUCAGGGCUCUCAACGCUCUCCGUUGCCUUUGCGUCCAGUGCCUACUCGGGAGACCUAUCCUCCGUUUGCGAAUACUUCAGCGUCUCCAAGGAGGCUGCCACGCUGGGGCUGUCGUUGUAUGUCCUCGGGUUUGCCAUCGGACCAUUGCUGUGGGCACCCUUGGGGGAAGCGUUUGGCAGGAGGGUUUUGUUCUUAACCACCUUCAGCCUCUUCGCCGUCUUCAACGUCGCAGCAGCCGUCGCGCCGAAUUUCGGCUCGUUGGUUGCAUUCCGCUGUCUGGCCGGCAUGUUCGGCAGCUCACCUCUCACCAACUCCGGCGGCAUUGUAGCCGACCUCUACAGUCCGGAAACGAGAGGCCUGGCGGCGGUCUGCUACUCGGGGGCAACAUUUCUCGGGCCGGUCCUGGGGCCGAUCGUGGGCGGGUUCCUUGGCGAGACACGAGGGUGGAGGUCCAUUGAGGGAUUGCUCGCCAUCUACGCCGGAGUGAUGCUCGUGCUGGGGCUUCUGUUGGUGCCCGAGACCGUCGGGGAUGUGGUGCUCCGGCGACGGGCCGCCGCACUCACCAGACAGACAGGCAGAUUCUACAUCACGAGCCCGAUCGUCAUGGUCCUUGCCGCCUACAUGUCCUUCAUCUACGGCACCACCUACCUGCUGCUCGCGGCCCUACACAUUGUCUUCCAGCGCGUCCGCGGAUGGAGCCCGGGAGUGGGCGGCCUCGCAUUUCUCCCCAUUGCGAUCGGCAUGCUGUGCGCCACCGCGUUCAUGGUCAUCAUCAACCGCCAGUAUGCACGGCGGUGCCGAAUGUCCGAGAGCGGCCGGUUGCCCCCCGAAGCGCGUCUGCCCUCCGGCAAGGUCGGGGCGGUGUUGCUGCCCGUGGGUCUCUUCCUGUUCGCCUGGACCAAUGCGCCCUCGGUGCCCUGGGUGGUCUGUAUGCUGGGCACCGCCUGUUUCGGAUUCGGGAAUAUCUGCGUCUCGUUGGCGUUGGUCAACUACCUCGUCGACAGCUAUGUGAGCUAUGCAGCCUCGGCGCUGGCGGCGGCGACGGUCCUGCGCUCACUGUGCGGCGCCGCAUUCCCCCUGUUCACCACCGCUAUGUACGACGGCAUCGGCAUCCACUGGGCAAGCAGUGUCCCGGCCUUCCUGUCGCUGGUCUGUCUUCCCGUGCCGUUCCUCUUGUCCACGUACGGCGGCCGCAUCCGCCAACCCUAA